AACAGAGAACAACGGCGGCCGUUGCGCACUUCUCACUCAUCAUCGUUCGUCAUACAUCGAGACUCCAUGGUGACGGAGAAUUGUGACCGUUGACAACGACUGCGAUCAAUCAAAUUCCCCGUGGCGACAAAUCGUCUCAUAUUUUGUCGUCCAGGCGAGCUUCUCAGGUGAUGGAUCGAACAUAUUGAUGACUUUGAUGGAGCACUUGAUGGUAUGAGGAUAAGUCAGGUGUGUGGGUCGUUUCUAGUCAGAUGAAGACACCCGAUGACAGUGCGCCAGAGAGAGAUCCUUCACCAACUAUGACGGAUUAGUCAUCGCCACCAUCUUUACGGAGGGCGGGGCGGUCCGGCGCCAAGACUUCUCUCCCACCUGUAUCAAAUCUUCGGACUCCUCGCGUGGUGAAUUUCUCGUCUCCCCAUCCGCACAACAGUUGAGGAAGGCAGUGACAUUGUCAUUGCUGAGACACAAUGCAGAUCUUUGUCAAGACCCUCACGGGUAAGACUAUCACCCUUGAGGUGGAGUCAUCCGACACUAUCGACAAUGUCAAGUCAAAGAUUCAGGACAAGGAGGGAAUCCCACCGGACCAACAACGUCUGAUCUUCGCCGGCAAGCAACUCGAGGACGGCCGCACUCUUUCGGACUACAACAUCCAGAAGGAGAGCACCCUCCACUUGGUCCUUCGUCUGCGUGGUGGUGGUAAGAAACGCAAGAAGAAGGUCUACACCACCCCCAAGAAGAUCAAGCACAAGCGCAAGAAGACCAAAUUGGCCGUGCUCAAGUACUACAAGGUCGACGGUGACGGAAAGAUCGAGCGUCUGAGGAGAGAGUGCCCCGCUGAUCAGUGUGGUGCUGGUAUCUUCAUGGCUGCUAUGCACAACCGUCAAUACUGUGGUAAAUGCCACCUCACCUACAUCUUCGACGACCCGAAGUAAGGGAGCGGUAGCACACCACAACGAAUGUAGCUCAGAU